AUGACUGAAUUUGUUGAUGCUUGCAGCUUCUUAAACAAGUAUGUGGUUGCUCAAAAUGGAAGUAUCAAUUCAAAUAUAUCCUUGUUUCAUGUAGGAGUUGUUCUUGACUUAAAAUUGAAAAUGGGAGAGAUUGCUGAGAGCUGCAUCUCUAUGGCUUUAUCUAAUUUUUAUGAAAUUCAUGCAAAUUAUACGACAAGAAUUGUGCUCCACGCCAUGGAUUCUGAACAAAAUCCUGCCAAUCAGCAAAAAUUUGAGUCUGCUCAUCUGCUCCUCAUAUGCCAACUGGGGGAUCUUGAUGCGCGUCAUGUUACCGUCCCUCACAGGCUGAGGGAGGCUCUCCAUGUUAGGAACAGGGAGUCGCGCACCUACUGCCGCUGCAAAGGACUUUCGCUGGAGAACCUGCUUCGGGCCAGACUCCUCCUCACGAUGGUGAUCACCCUCCACGUUCCCCCCAUUGAGAUCCUGCAAUUCCCUCGCAUCAGGAUCCAAGCUUUAUACUUGAUGAAAGUUGUAAAGGUGCAAGCUAUCAUUGGGCCACAAGAGUCAACUCAAGCUUCAUUUGUGAUCGAACUUGGAGAAAAAGCUCAAGUGCCAAUUGUUUCUUUUUCAGCAACAAGUCCUUCUCUUUCUCCCCUUAAAAGUCCUUAUUUUAUAAGAACAGCUAUUGAUGACUCAACUCAAGUUAAAGCUGUUGUUUCCAUUAUUCAAGCCUUUGAAUGGAAGGAAGUGGUUUUGACAUAUGAAGAUACCAACUAUGGAAAUGAAGUUAUACCCUAUUUCAUUGAUGCCUUCCAAAAGAUUGAUGUUCUUGUUUCAUACAAGAGUACCAUACCUCUGGAUGCAACUGAUGAUCAAAUAUUAAAAGAACUUCAUAACUUGACAACCAUGCCAACUAGGGUUUACAUUGUCCACAUGUCUUCUUCUGUUGGAUCUCGGCUUUUUAUGAAUGCAAACAAUGCAGGAAUGAAAAGCCAAGGUUAUGCUUGGAUUGUCACUGAUGGGUUAUCAAGAUUAAUGGCUUCCAUGAAUUCCAGUGUUAUUGAUUCAAUGGAAGGUGUAUUGGGUGUAAGACCAUACAUACCAAAGUCCAAAAAGCUUGGAGAAUUCAAAGUCAGAUGGAAAAGAAAUUUCUACUCAAACAAUUCAUAUGGUGAAAUAUCUGAGCCAAGUCUCUAUGGUAUAUGGGCAUAUGAUAUAGCUUGGGCACUAGCCAUGGCAGUUGAGGGAGUUAGAACCAUGGAUCCUCAGUUCCUUAGUAGUAACACUACCAAUAAUUUAACCGAUCUUUCAAGCCUUGGAUACUCAACAAUUGGCCCACAACUUCUCCAGACUAUUUUGAGCACUAGAUUUAAUUUGGUUAAUGGACAGUUGGAAUCUUCAGCUUUCCAAAUAUUCGAUGUGAUUGGGGAAGGGGAAAGAGUGGUUGGCCAUUGGACCCCAAUGGGAGGGAUUUCAAGGCAGUUAAACACAACAAAUAACUUAACAGAUUCAGGUUCUAUGAGUAACCUCAAAGCUAUUGUAUGGCCAGGAGACUCAACAACCAAGCCAAAGGGUUGGGUUAUACCAACAAAUAGUCAAGAGAGGUUAAAAGUUUUGGUGCCAGUUAAGACUGGCUUUAGUCAAUUUGUGAGCAUGGAAAGAGACAACAUCACCAAUGAGACGAUUAAUAUCACAGGGUUCUGUAUAGAAGUAUUCAGUAAUAUAACAAGUAGACUACCCUUUGGUCUCCCCUAUGAGUUUCUACCUUACACACUCAAUGGAACUGAUCUUGAGAGCUAUGAUGACCUAAUGUAUCAAAUUUAUCUUAAUAACUUCGAUGCAGCAGUAGGGGAUGUAUCGAUUUUGUUUAAUCGAUCUAAUUGUGUAGAUUUCACAUUGCCUUAUACAGACUCUGGAGUGACAAUGGUUGUGGCAAUGCAGGAUAAUUUGGAGAAAGAGUUGUGGUUGUUCUUAACGCCUUUAAGCCUAAAACUUUGGUUGGUGACUUUAGGAGGUUUUGUCUACAUAGGGGUCGUGGUUUGGAUUCUUGAACAUAAGAUAAAUCCCGAGUUUGGUAACUCACGUAGACAACAACUUCAAUCAAGUAUUUGGUUCUCCUUCUUAACACUUGUAUUUGCCCAACGAGAGAAGAUUGAGAGCAACUUAACAAGGUUGGUGUUGUUCACAUGGGUGUUUUUUGUGUUAAUCUUAACACAGAGUUACACUGCUAGCCUCUCAUCAACUUUGACAGUACGGCAGUUGCAGCCAACAAUUACAGAUGUUAAUGUCCUAAAGAGUAAUGGAUAUUAUGUGGGAUACCAAGGCGGCUCGUUCGUGGGAGAGUUCCUGACAAACUAUUUGCAGUUUGAUAAGUCUAAACUCAAGAGUUAUGGUUCUCCAGAGGAAUAUCAUUAUGCUUUAUCUAAUGGAUCUGGUAAUGGAGGAGUUGCUGCAAUUUUUGAUGAAAUUCCUUAUACUCAAGUCUUCCUCAAUAUGUAUUGUAAUCAAUACACCAUGGUCGGACACAUCUACUCUUCUGAAGGAUUUGGCUUUGUAUUCCCUAAAGGCUCUCCUUUAGUCCCUUACAUGUCAAGGGCAAUCUUAAAUCUUACUGAUGAUGGAAUAUUAGACACAAUUAGGCAAGGGAUUUCCAUCUCAAUGGAGUUGUCUGGUUUUGGUUCCUACCUCACAGGAGCUUCCAUAUCAAUGGGGGUGCCUGGUCUUGGUAUCUUGCUUUACUUUACCACACAGGAUCUUCUAUCAAUGGAGUUGCCCGGUCUUGGUAUCUUGCUUUGCUUUACCUCACAGGGUCUUACAUUAAUGGAAUUGCCUAGUCAUGGGUCUUCCACUAACUUGGGGUUGUCUGGUCUUGAGUAUCUCACAGGGUAUUCCGUAUAG